UACGUAUUUGAAGUCAGUCUUCUUCUCCACUGUACUCGAACAAAAUCUUCUGAAGCAAAUGAGUCUCCAACUUCGAGGCCUACAGCAUAAUCACUCAUCUGUUUCUUCGCAGUUCCCUAAACCCUAAUCGAAGGCACUGUUUCUCCGCCAACAACAGCCAUUAGACAAUGGCAGCAUCUUGUGUUUCUAUUAAACCUUGGACCUUUACCUUAUCUCAUCAUAGGAGCCAGAGAACUAGUACUCUUACACGUAGACGGAGAUCUUCCAUGGCGGUAGUGUCCAUGUCAAGCAAAAAUAUUGACAUUCCAAUCAUGGUAAAUGGUUGUGGUGGCAAAAUGGGGAAGGCUGUUAUUAAGGCAGCAGACUCUGCAGGUCUCCAAAUUCUUCCUGUAUCAUUUGGCGCACAAGCAGAGUCUGGACAAAUUGUACAAGUGUGUGGAAAAGACAUUAAGAUUCAUGGUCCUUCUGAACGAGAAGGUGUUCUUGCAUCCAUCUUUGAUGAGCAUUCAAACUUGAUUGUGGUGGAUUACACUGUUCCUGCAGCAGUAAAUGAUAAUGCAGAUCUGUAUUGUAAAGUUGGAGUGCCCUUUGUUAUGGGAACCACUGGUGGUGAUAGGGAUCGUUUAUAUAAGACUGUAGAGGACACGAAGGUUUAUGCUGUGAUCUCUCCACAGAUGGGGAAGCAGGUGGUUGCUUUUCUUGCAGCCAUGGAGAUUAUGGCUGAGCAAUUUCCUGGAGCUUUUUCUGGGUAUUCCCUUCAGGUGUCAGAGUCCCAUCAAGCUGGAAAGUUGGACACAUCUGGAACUGCCAAGGCUGUCAUUUCUUGCUUCCAGAAAUUGGGGGUGUCCUUUGACAUGGAUAAGAUACAAAUGAUCAGGGAUCCCAAGCAACAAAUUGAGAUGGUGGGUGUUCCGGAGGAGCAUUUGUCUGGCCAUGCGUUCCAUAUGUAUCAUCUGACAUCACCUGAUCAAACAGUUUCUUUUGAGUUUCAACAUAAUGUAUGUGGUAGAUCCAUUUAUGCAGAGGGUACUGUUGAUGCUAUAAUUUUCCUUGCCAAGAAGAUUCAAUCAAGGGCAGAUAAGCGGAUAUAUAAUAUGAUUGAUGUCUUGCGGGAGGGCAACAUGAGAUGAAUUAUACUAGUGGUUCCAAGUUAACCUCCAAUUUCAUUAUUGUCCUACAAUUUUCAUAUGGGCAUUCGUUUGACUAUGCAAUGCAAUCGAAUCAAUGCACUUCGUCCAAAAAUUUGACAGAGGAUACUAAUGGAUGAUCAAAAUUCAAAUUGUGUUACUGUGGCUCAGAUACCAUAGUAGUGCUUGCAAGCCCAACAAAAAGGUACUUGUGUCUCUCAAGUGAGGUGCCUUCAGAAAAAAAACCCAUUAUGGAUGAGAUUAAGGAAGAGGAAGGAUGUGCAAUUAUUCAUGAAUAGGAAUUAUAGACGCACCUUGAGCCAGUUUUGGUUUUUGGAUUUCACAGUGCAGGAGAUCUGCAGGAACUUUGGAGGGUUUGACAGAGAGGAAGAGAGAGAAUAAAAUUGAAAUUAGAGGGAAAUUUGUGGACUGCUAGUGUAAUUUUCUCUUAGGAUUGGAGGAGAUAUGUUGACUUGGAUUGUUGUUUAAACUACAUGAUGGGGAUGUGAAAUACAUCACACUCUCGAAGAUAAUCAGUGAUCAUUUGCUAUGGUGGAUGAAAA